GCCAGUUAUUUGCAAGUAACUUCGGCAGAGACACAAAAUAUAACACUUAAUAUUUUAACUUCUACAAUUGCACUUUUAGGAGCUGGCCUCUAAUUUGAUUUUCAUUUAUUCUGAUAAGAUUUCUAUUUUAUGAUUGGCUUUAUGUUGAAUUCUUGUUUGAACAGACACAAUUUGACUUAAAUGAAAACCUAAGUGCUGACGAAUAGAAAUUUUACCAAAGCAACAAUUCACAUUUAACUUGAAUUCACUUUUUUACCCUUUUUAAAAAUCAGCAGUGAUAUUGUCCUAAAAGAGGGUGUGAUUGCUUGCAUUUUAAUUUUGUUUUUAAUAUGGCUGUAAACGUUUCCCUGGUUCGUGAUACAAAAUGGCUGACUUUAGAAGUAUGUAGAGAAUUUCAGAGAGGUACUUGUUCUCGAUCUGAUGCAGAGUGCAAGUUUGCCCAUCCAUCAAGAAGUUGCCAUGUGGAAAAUGGUCGAGUUAUCGCCUGCUUUGAUUCUCUAAAGGGCCGUUGCACUAGAGAGAACUGCAAAUACCUUCACCCUCCUCCACACUUAAAAACACAACUCGAAAUCAAUGGACGCAACAACCUGAUCCAGCAAAAGACAGCAGCUGCCAUGUUUGCACAGCAAAUGCAGUUCAUGCUACCCGGCGCUCAGCUACAGCCAAUUACUACGUUUCCUGUGACACCAUCACUUGCAACCAGCCCCACCAUGGCUUUCAGUCCCUACCUAAGUCAUGUUUCUCCUGGAAUGGGCUUGGUUCCUGCAGAGCUUUUACCAAAUACACCUGUCCUGGUUUCUGGAAAUCCUACUGUUACAGUACCCGGAGGCUCUGCGGGUCAGAAACUGAUGCGUACGGAUAAACUGGAGGUUUGCAGAGAAUUUCAGCGUGGAAAUUGCACACGUGGUGAGAACGAUUGCCGUUAUGCUCACCCUAUAGAUAUUGCAAUGAUAGACACAAAUGAAAACACUGUUACAGUUUGCAUGGACUACAUCAAAGGUCGAUGCUCUAGGGAGAAAUGCAAGUACUUUCAUCCCCCUGCACACCUGCAAGCCAAAAUCAAGGCAGCUCAACACCAGGUGAACCAGACAGCAGCGGCUGCAAUGACUCAGCCAGCUGUCAGAUCACUGAAGCGACCCCUCGAGGCAACCUUUGACCUGGCCCUGCCCCCUGGUGCACUUCAACCUUUACCAAAGAGGCCAGCACUUGAAAAGAACAAUGGUGCCACCACAGUCUUUAGUCCAGUUUUCCACUACCAACAAGCUAUAGCUAAUAUGCAGUUGCAACAGCCUGCAUUUAUCCCUACAGGGUCAGUACUGUGCAUGACACCCACUGCGAGUGUUGUGCCCAUGAUGCACGGUGCUACGCCCACCACUGUGUCUGCAGCAACAACACCUGCCACCAGCGUCCCCUUCGCUGCAACAGCUACAGCCAAUCAGAUAUCCCAGUUAUCAGUAGAUGAACUGAGUAGCAGCAUGUUUGUUUCACAGAUGUAGACCUUACCAGUAGAACUUAGACCACGUUGAAAUUCUGAACAACAAAAUUGUGGAGUACCUGAACCUCUCUCUCCGUGGGAAGCUGCACAUGGCCUUCCUGUACAUAUACUCCCUUCUUUCCUCUUCACCUACCUUUACAGUAAGCCUGUUGCAGCCUACACGUUAACCAAAAACACAGAUCAAUGGGAAUGUCAAAAAAAGCACUAUAGAAACCAUUAACAAACAGCGCUGUGUUAUAUAAGAUAUACAAGUAGAAAAUUAUAAUAGACUUUUGUAAUACAUUACUUUAACACACUUAAUCAUUUUCUGACUACCAUCACAAGAAGUGCAUCUGCACAGUGGACUGUUGGUUUACUGUAUAUUAUCGAUGGAUAAAUGUUUGUCUGUUUUUAAAGUGUUAUCUUACUGUUUUGUUUACAUCAUAGCCUAUUGAUUUGUUUUAAAAUGUACAUCAUUAUCAAGUAUACUCAAUACCAUUUUUUUCAUUAUUGUUAUGUCUUAAGUUUUCAUAUAUGGUAGUGUUUUGGUGUUGUUUUUUUUUUUACUAAAAAUGUUAUAGUGGGAAACAGGAAUGAUGUGCUUGAAAAACAUGACAUGAGAAUGUUAUAAUUUUUAUGGGAUCUUUCUGUAGGUUUUUUGGAGGCAGCCAUUUAAAAGGCCUCUAUUUGGAGUGUACACAAAUUUAUUUUCACACGCCUGCUUGCCUGUGCAUUUGCCAGCAAUUUGCACGUUCAAGUGGGUCACCAUAGCAUGUAUGCAAGAACCAUAAUUGCCUGUGCAUAAAAAGGGAACUUUUAAAAGCUUCACCUCGAAAUUUUAAUCUGUGCUUUUUUAUAGUUUAUUGAAGUGGAUUUUUCAGCAUUAUGAGAAAUAAUCAAACCAAGGUAGUACUUCUUGGUCAAUCCAGAAUACUAGUCCCACAUCUGAAUUUCUCAAUCUGGGCCAUUUUGACAUUCUUAGCUGAGAAACUGGUAUUUUAAGGCUUACAGGUACAUCUGCUAAACAUUAAAAAUCAGAUCAGACUUAUUUUGAUAUAGUCAGAUUUAAAAAAAAAAAACCAAUCAUGUAAAACUCCUGGACUUUUGCCAUUUAUAAAAGUGCCAUUUCCCAACUGCAAAUGGCUCAUAUUUUAUUCUUCUAGUAAGAUGCAAACCAGAAAAGCCAGCAGAGAAUGAAAGAGAAUGGUUCAGAAUGAGGCCUUCCCUCCUGAUAGAAACACAUUUUACUAACUGCUACCCUCUGCUAGAAGAAACAUAUUUUAAAAGUGUAAAAUGCAGAAUGCUUUAUUGAGAAAUUUUGACCGGACACCCCUCAUUACCCUCCACUCUUGUGAUCUUCUUUUUGGUAAGACGUGCAGUGGAAAACAUGAUCAUUCCGAUUUUGAUGCAUUUCACCAACAGUGAUGCUGAAGUGGCUUCCCUGCACAUUUCUUAAACCAAGAAAAAUUUUCACAUUAAGAUCCCUACUGUUCUCAUGUAAGCCGCCCACUUUGUGAAUUUUAGAAACGAGCGGUUUUCAGAGGCUUCCGUCCAGCCCAGAAUGAAUUCACUCCAAAAUGUAACCAUCCUAAUGGGAUAAAUUUGCAGUCAAAUAAAAUCCCCCUAACAAUGCAGUAAGCCAGCUGUCAGGCCACUCACUUGCUGAAAUGGUCAUUAAUAGCCAGUGGAAGCAUCUGAUGUUUUAAGGAAUAUUCUGGGGAAUUCAUGUUUUCCACCAAAUAUCUUUCUUCCUCUUAAGAAGGGUAGAAAAGGCCCCAUAUGGGCGUCAUUUUUUUUCCUUCCUCCAAAUGAUCGGGCUGAAAAAAAAAGGCAUGUUUGUUGACUCAGGGUGGAAGGGCCAAACAAAUGCACAGCUGGUCAGGAUCUUGUCCUGCGUUCUUCUUUGUUAGUGCUGCAGAAGGCCUCCAAGCUUUGGGAAUUUGAGACUUUGUCUCAGACAUGCCAAUCCUUUUGCAGCUGGUCAAAAACCUGCCCACACAAAGGUUCAGGAUUAGGCCUUCUUGACAAGAACCCAUGUGGAUCCUGGUAACCGGAACAAGAAGUGACCAAAACAGCGUUUUCAGUUACUUACCCUCACGUUUUCUUUUUCACAUACAUCGAAGUGCUGCCAUCCUAGCACAACGUGGCCUGGAAAGAGUGACAUGGCAGGCAUCCUGGUUGGGUAGCCUGUUGACUCUUUUAACCACUGAGUUUCUGUUUCCCAAAGUUUUAACAUUAUUAGUGGAAAAAGUGGAUAUGAGUACUUCCUGUUUGAAAUGGUUUGUGUAUCAAAAUGGGUUUUGCACAACUUGUGCCUGUGCCUCAACAAAAAAGCAGACCUGAUUAUGUUAGAAAAGGAUGCAUUCAAGCUAGUAUGGCUUUAAUAGUAGAAGGAGGUUGGAACUUUUUCAGUGCUAAGUGGGUUUUUGUAUCUGUUAACACUUGGCCCAUAACUUCUGAUUUUCUUUAACUUCUUAAACAGCUGGCAGAGAUGUGCAUAGAAUGUAAACCUAGCAUACAGCUGUUUUCGUGUCACAUUGAAGCACUGAAAAAGUAUUUAAGGAUGAUUUUUUAGCAAAGAGGUUCAGUGAGGGAUGUUCAGGGUAGUUUUAUUAGGCGCCACAACAGUUUUUAUAUUGCUGGCAAAUUUAGAGUUAAUUUGUAAAUGAACUUAAGGAACGAAAGCUUGAAGCACUAAAGUCUUCACCAAAUUCAAAACAAUCUCGGCAAAAAUGCCGUUUUGAGGUAGCACUAUUUAAACUAGUUGUGCAAUGACUUACUCGAAUUUUCUUUGUUCAAGAAAGAAAAACAAGUCGUCAGACUAUAAAUUUCCUAAAUAAAUGCAAAGUCUAUUACAAAGUCACCAAGCUAAUUAGUGACUCUAAACAAAUGUCAUAAAACUUAGAUUUCAUCCUUUAUUUGACAAGCGUUGUAUGUAAAAUUUAAAUCAUUUUGAUUUUAGUCACAUUUUAUAAGCUUCCUUCCCACUUUUCAUGAACCUUUAUUUUUAUUUAUCCAAAGUUAUUUCUUUUUGUCCAUUUCUCUCAGCCUUAUGCAAACAAUAUGCAAGAAUGCUGAAACUUGGAUAAAACGGGUCAUGCAGAGGGAAAAUGAAAGCUGAGACUGAUCAUUUUAAAGGUUGUUAAUAGUUUCAGUUAAAGUACCGCUCCAUAACUGUAAUGUAAGCAGACCUUAAAAGAGGGAUUAAAAUAAAAAUGGAUUGAUAAAAUUAUUAAAAUUAUUUUUUUAAACAGCGUUUCUUUAGUAAUUGGAGCAAGACUUCACAAUCGGCCAUGUCCAUUUAAUUUCACAUCCAGAUUAGAUUCUCCACUCUGUCAUUCAUCAUUAGGUGACCAAUCAUCUCCUGCCCUGCCCUUCUCCCCCCUCCCCUCUUUAGUCAGCUCCAUCCAUUGCGGAACACACUGAAGCACUUUGAUCUCGCCAUAAGUGUCAUCGCAUGCUCUUCUCAGCUGUGUUCACAAAUGGUCAGCAUUGGCUUACCAGCCCAACACUCUGGGGAGGAAAAGAAGCCAAUCGUAGACUAUAACGCCCCGUCCCUACAGAAGUGUCCUCUCUCCCCCACCCUCAACAGAAACAGAUCUGAAUCUGCUCUUAACUGCACAAAAGACUAAUGAGAUGAUCGUUGACAUUUUAUCAAGAGGAUAUGGGCCCCACGUGCAAUUGGGAGGACCGACAGAGACUGCUGUAUUGCCGAUCUGCUGGACCAGUCACGUCAGGCCACCCUUCUGAUAAAAUGCACCCACAACUUUUCCUAUUAAUUUAGACGGUAGCGUAGACUUUAAUGCAUACUAAUACACACAAAAUGAUCGAGAAACUGGAGCCCUCAUUUUUUUUAUCCCUUGUACAUUUCACAUACCUGAAAAGAGAAAAAGGUGAAAUUUAUGAGGAAAAUCUGCUUUCCCAUUCCUGUUGAAUGGAUUUAAAAUGAUAUUGACCUGAUUUUACCAUGUGCCUGUUGAAGGCCUUAGAAUAUACUCUAUGUUGAAGACUGUAAUAACUUUGAAAAUUUAGUUGAUAGCCUAAUACAAAUGUAAAUAUAGCUACAUCACGUUUCUAGGCAUCAGCAUGGUAAUUCAUGUCACUUAUUUUCAUUUUCUUACUGUUAGUUUUUAAGGUUUUCAUUAUAUUGCUUUUUGAUAUCUUUAGUAACUAAUGAGUUUAAUUUUGAAGGAGAGUUAGAGAAAGUUUAAGAUUUUAAUACAUGUAUUCAACCCAUUUAGUUACGUUCUAACCCAACACUGAAGCAUGAUAAGGUAUAGAUUACAGUCCAUAACUAGUUUGUAUAGUUUACAGUUUAAGAACAAAAUUAACUUUGUAUGUAAUUCCUACAAUGAUAGAUUCAUUGUUAACUAAUUAUAUUAAGUUGUUGUUGCUAUGGCAACAAAACUACAACAUGGCUACCUUUGUAUACAUUAUUUGUGAAAUUUUCACAUGUAAAUUAAAAAUGAUGUGGAACAGUAUGAGCUUGUUAAAGGUACAGUUCGAUACUGUCAGAUAAUGAUUGAAUAUUUUUAAAAUCCCAAAGUCCCAUGUGAAAGCUGAAUUUGUGUCCAUAUGUCACUUUUUCAGUCAAGAAGUUUACAACACAUGGAUUUAGAGUCAGGUUUUAUAGCUUGUAGAAAUUGUUGUGUGGAUAAGGGUUAUUCCACAGUAUUUUAGAUUUUUGAAACACAACCCAUUGCAUUUACAAUACAUUAACUGGUCUUUGUUUCAUUUCAUGUUUAUUAGCAUUGUGUGAAUUCAAACUUAUCCAGUUUAAGUACUGUAGUUCUGCCUGCAAAUUUUCUGUUUUCUGGGAUUAAAUACUUACAUGCGUAUAUUAAAAAUCAGGGCUAAAUAAUUAAACAUAUGAAUAUUUUAAUAUUAAUUUAUAUUUACAAAACUGUACAUAAAAAUAUUGUGGAAUGACCCCUUAACAGUGUUGAAGAUACAAAUAUGCUGCAGUUAAACUGAUUCAGUUAGUGUGCGAAUGUGUGAGACACACCUUUUUUGCACUUAUGUACAUAGUCCAUGAAAGAAAUCCUUGGAACUUAUUUUGAAUAUAAAAAGUCUGUAAUAAUACAGGAAAAGUUUGUAAAAGAGAUAGGUAUUACUAAGGCUUUGAAAAAGGAGGAGUUUUUUGCUAUAAAACUUAUCUGAAAGCAUGAUGUUGCUUUGCUGUUGUAAAAGCUUUGUAGUUUGCCAUAGCUUACUAUACAGCAGAUUGAUAACAGGUCGACUUCAACCUGCAGCACCGAAAAUGGGAAACAGUACUUAAUUAGUGAGAUCACUAGCAAAGAUUUUAAUUGCUUUUGUAGCAACCUACAUUUUAAUUUAUACACUCGCACACAUAUUUAGGUUUCUGGAUCACAUUUUUUUUUCUGUAUACAACAAAUUACAACAUGGAGAUCUUCCCAUUAGGAGCUAAUUACAUUUCUAACUAAUGCAGAGUGUAUCCAUGUGGAGGAUUAUCAGUCUAACAGGUAUAUGGAGAGUUAAUAGAUAGCUAACAAGUGGAAGCAUAUGAUACCAAAUUUGGAAAUGUUUUGAAUAAGCGAGUCUCAUUUGAACAGAAAAACACUACAGAGCCAUGCCAUUUUGAGGAACAGGAAGUUUUCAACAGCAUAAAUCAUUUUCUCCAGUGGCUUUUCUUCUGCUACAACUGAUCUUCAGUGGAGAAAGGCGCUGCACCUGUGACACCUUUAAACCAGGAUUUAUCUUAGCAUUUCAGUUUAGAGGAGGCUUCUGUCCUGACUGUUUUAGAAACCCUGGCCCAGAAAAGGCUUCAGUGUAUCAUGUCUGCCAUGCUGCGUUUUCACUCGGCUUGAAGAAGAGGCAGAAUGAAAUUUUGCCAAGGCCCAGGAGCCUGAAAGGAAAGGAUGUCAGACUAGCUCUGUCCUGCCUGUGGCUCCCACACAGCCAACAGAGAGGCCACUUGCACAUCCUCUCGGACAACGCCAUGUAGCACAGGUCACAGUUCAGUAUUGUCGUCGCCCCCACCCAUAUUUGCUCAGGACUCCAGCAUAGUUGUUCCUGCUCCUGCAUGAGUUCACCUGUCCUGUGGUUGGGGAGGCCCCCUUGAAGGGACCAGAGUUGGCCAGACUCACCACGUCCAUUAUUUUUGUUGUCACAGCAUCCACGUGCCCCAGAUUGGAGAGCAGGUAGCUGCAGAACUAUAUUUGCCUCAUGGAAAGCAACCCAACCCCUUAAAGUUCAGAUUUCCCCCGUACUCUCAUCAGUGUAUUAGUUGCCAAUGGACUGUCUCCAUAGGAUCAUUCAGAGUUCUGAUUCUUUUUGAUAUAAGCUGCAGUCACUCAUACAGGCUUUCACAGUUAGAAACCACCCUUUCAGCCUUAUUUUCUCUAUGCCCCUAGAACUGCACUGUCAUACUUUAGUACAUCAUCUCCUGGAAUAUCCUUUGAAAAUACAAAGGGAAAGUAUUCAUUUUCAAAUGACUAAACAAUGAAGAAUGACUUAGGAAAAACGGCAUCAACCCAAAAAUAGAGAAAAGAUAUCAACAGCAACCGUAGUACAGAAUGUUUUGGCUGUUAGUGCUUAGUGGCCUUGUCUAAACACAGCCAAGGCAAUCAUCUAGAUAAUUAAGAUAUUUUAUGAGCCAGGUAAUCAAGUGAAAAGCAGACUUUUAGCCUGAAUUUUCCAGAUCUUAGUCCCAACCUAUGCUUUUUGCCUUGCCUGUGAAGAUGAAGCCAAUGAGUGAUAAUUUGAGUGGGUUGUUUACACACAAAACAUUCCUGUGGAAUUUUCAGGCACUAAAGAGAGCCCAAUUUCCAUUUCUCUUCUGGCUCCUUUCAGAAAUAGUUGCGGGUUUUUUCUGCCUGUAAAAGUUGUCCCUCAGGUAUGUGAUACCUGCUGACAGACACAUAGCGCAGAAGAUGACCAUUUUCACCAUUAGACCUGUUGACAUUUAGAACCUGGCUCCACUUACAAUACUGUUUUUUCCAAGUGCAGUUUUUCCUCAUGCAAACCCAACUUUUAAAUUUUCAGAAUUUCCAAUGAGUGGCCUUUCGUCUUGUUUCUGUGGGGCAAUUUCUGUGGCACUCUGGAAACUGAGGACAUUGCAGUGAAAACUGCCAUAGUAGAAAAUGAGAUGAAAAGCAGGUGUCUCCCUAACUAGAGUAGUUUCUGUAUUUGGGAAUUGCAGUUUAUUUGGCCUGCUUCUUACUGGUUGCUCUGCCUUUCAUGUUUACUGAUGGAUGGCAAAAUAUUUGGCAUGGGAAAAUAAGAAAAUGCAUGUAUAAAAUUAAUGGAGGCCCAGUUAAAUACCCCAAAAUCUGAACAAAUCCUUUGCUCGUUUGAAAAUAACCCAAAGAUUAUUUGAAUAUUUAAACUUUCAAAAGUAUCACAAUUUUUUCUCUCCAAUUACACAACAGUUACCUGAUGCCGAAUACAAGGCUCUAGUUCUUGAUUAUACUGUACACAGAUGCUAUGGAUAGGCCAGACGUUAUUUGCAAAGUUAACGUUGAACUCCUUAGUCCAAUCCAAGCUACUUGAAGUGAAAUUUUAGAAAAUUGGCUUGUUUUUGAAUUCAUGUAAGAGGCUGAAGCCUGUAAUGUAGUCAUGGCUUUACAAGAUUUUUUUUUUAAAGGAAUUUUAAAAUGCAAAAUCCAGAUUAAAUAUUUUUCCUCCUUUCUCAUUCAGGGAAUAAUGCAAGUGAGGAGAAUCUUAUUACCAAGUUCUUCCCGAUGAGUUAGUGUGUAAUAGUGUAUGCAGAGCAGUAAGUCAUUUCUCUCCCAUAAUCUCAAAUCAUUUUACAGUUUAGGUAAUCUUCAUAUGAUUUUUAAAGAAAAAUAUUUUGCACUCGGAAAUGAAUCUCCACCCUUAAAAACAUUUUUCGUGAAAGUAAAUACUGCUAAAAUCUUUGUUAGUGAUCUUCAGUGUCAUAUUCUCUUAUGUAUAUGCUUCUGUAAGAAGAUAUUUAAACUUUCAAAAGUAUCACAACUUUAAAGAAAGCUGUUUUUUUCCUUUCCAAACACACAACAGAAAGAAUUACCUGACACAGAAUACAAGGUUCCAGUUCUUUAUUACUGUACACAGAUGCUAUUUGAUAGUGUUGGAAGCCAAAUGAUUUUGUUGCCAUGGCUCUUGUAUCCUAGCAGAUGAGGGGAUGAUAUGACCAUCAUUCGAUUGGAUUCUAGGAAUUUUCUUUGCAAAUUAGGUUCUCUCUCUCUCUCUCUCUCUCUCUCUCUCUCUUUCUCUCUGUCUCUCUCUUUAAUCAUGAAACAUGGCCACCCAUUAUGUGUCACCUGACAACAGAUUUCCACUUUGUUCUUUUAUAAAUAACAGAAUUAUGUUUUAAGCAAUCAUUCAAAUCGAGGAGAAAGUGUGUGCUCCUAAAUUUACUGUUUUUAAAUGCAAACUUUAAAGAGAGCAUUCAUAUAACAAUACUGUGUAAAGUAGAGAAUUGAAGCACAUGCUUCUUUUUAUAGGCACUUCUGGAUCAACAUAUGGUAAUGGAAACAUUAGGCAGAGAACAUUUUGAUUUCAAGAAGUAGUUUUAGAUAACAAAUAUUGUUAGCCCUGUGGAACUGUAAUAAAUUAAAAUAAUGGUCAGCCGAUUAUUACAGAUUUAGACUGUUCCAAUAAUAUAUCAGCUCCAAAAUGUAAUAGCUCAUUCCCUCAACUGCUAUCAACAGGGUGGAUGCUUUGAAUUUAUUUUUCUUUUUGCCAGAUUAUAUUGCUGUAGUGCUUGUAUGUGCUUUAGAAGUGUGCAUAAUGCUACUCAUUUUAGUAUGUUACUUCUAUAUUGUUAUUGUUUAUUUUUUGAUCUUUUAAUAAAGUGUAUAAAAUUC